CUCUUCUGUGGAUGUGUACAACAAACUGACUUCGUUUUAAUAUAUUAAAAACCUUUUUAUGUAAAAUAUACACAAAUUUUGAUCAUAAAAAUACACUUUAAUUAUCGAAUUUAAAGAAAUAUAUAUGUUAAAAUGUCGAACGUUAGAGACAGCGACACAAGUUUGUGGCUGCAUAAUAAGCUGGGCACAUCUAAUGAUUCGUGGAUAAGUGGGUCAAUUUGCUCGCAGUUGAACAAGGAAGUAUUAAGAAAUAUAAAGGAUUGUUUUGUUGAUCUUCAGACGCAAGUUAAAUUAAAACUUUUGUUGAGUUUUUUUCACAUUCCCCGCCGUAUGGUUGAAGAGUGGAAAACUGAGCUAGAAGAAGUUAUCGAAGUCGCCGGAUUGGAUAGUGAACUAUGGGUUUCCAUGUUAGCAGAAACUAUGAAAACAUUUCCAGCGACAGGUUCGCUAAAUACAGAAAUUUCCGAUUACGAAGAAACCCGCCCGAUAUUCACAGAUAUGGUGAACGAUCUCCGCAAGCUAGUUAGUAAGCACAGCGAUUUGGGAAUGCUACCGCUGGAGUGUCUAUAUUUAAACAAAAAUGCGCUAGUAUCGGUGGUUGGGCAGCACCAAAAUCCAACGAAACAUUUCACUAUUAAACGCAAACCAAAAAGCGCCAAUUUACGUACGGAACUACUCCACAAAUCGGCAGACGCUCAGUCUUCGCUUAAGAAAAACACAGCGCCAACUAUUCCAUUACGCUCACGUGGUAUGCCCCGUAAAAUGACAGACACAACUCCAAUGAAGGGAAUUCCAUCUCGGGUUCCAACUUCUGGUUUCCGUUCACCAAAUAUACAACCUAAUCAGCAACGACCGAAUCUAAGUCGUACACCUGCUGGACGUAAAGAUGGUGGCAUCAAACUAAUAGAAUUUACAGAACAGCCACUUGGUUAUGCUGCGGCUAAAAAGCGAAAACGUGAGCAACAAUUGGAAGAACAGCAAAAGAAACAGGAACAAAAGCAAGCAGCAGCUGCUUCUGCUGCGAACUCAUCGUCGCCAACUACAUCACCUACGCAAUCGAAUACACAAGGAGCUACAGCCAUAUCGCCAACCACACCAACUUCUACUAAUGCUACUUUUGAAAUAAAAUCUGAACCUCCCUCUAACUUAAAUCAGAACAAUACUGUUGACGAAAAUCAACUUGACGUUAAAGAGCCAUUAAUUUCAGCUAUUGAGAUUACUAAGUCAGAACCUAUUACGCCAGAAUAUGCUCCUUCGUUAACUUACGCACAAACACCAAUAACGUCUUCGCAUAUAGGCACCAGUAUGGAGGAUAAUAAGGCUGCUGCCAAAUCAAUUAUUAAUAUGACUAGUAUAGCUACUUCACCACCAGCAUUAUCAAAAGUUACAAAUAGUAUUGUUCACACUCCAGCUAACAGCAGUAAUAGUUUGAUGCAUAAUAAUAAACGUUUUAAACAAGAGAUAGAAAUAAAGAGUGAGGAAAUUAUUGUGCCACCAAAUAUUAAGGUAGAAAAAGUUGAGCCGCAACAAAUCUUAACGCAAGCUUCAGGAGUAUUACAAACGCAACAAAUACAGCAAUCGCCCACUUCUCGUUUCCAACAGCGUGUUGUUAUACAACAGCAGCCACAAUCUGGUCAACCUUCUCAACACGUUUUAAUACGCGCUGCACCACAACCACCGAAACAAACUAUUGGUUCGGUUACUCUAACCAGUUCCAGUGUGCGUAACAAUGCCACCCCAAUUAAAAUGGAGAAAUUAGACAUAAAACCUAUAACAAGAACUUCAACAGUUACGACGAAUGCAACAAACACAUCAAAUUUGUUAAGUCAACAAUUGCGUCAAACUGCUAAUCCUUUAGCAAAUUUACCAAACAAUAUUUCUGUUAAAAUAACAUCCAGUAAGAGUAAAUCGGCACAGCAACAACAAGUUCAACAACAGCCAAUACUUAUUAAUAGCAACACACCAGUUAUUCUUUCGUCUCCUACGCAAACAAUACGACAGAAAUCAAUCACUUCACCAACUACUGCCACUAACGCGCAAACUAUUAAAUCAAUGCCGUUAAGUCAAUUAAAAAAUGCAACUAGUAGUGGUCCAGUCAUAAUAUCGCAAACUAUAAUUCAACCUGCAAAACGUAAUGCCAACUCAUCAGCUGGGAACUCUGUUAUAUCGCAACAAUCCCAACAGCAGCACACACAACAAUCACAAUCGGUACAGCAAGCAACAAAUCAAUAUAUAUUGACUUCUUCAACACCUCAGCAACAACAAAAUACCCAAAUACCUUCGCUAACAUCUUUUGCACAAACACGUCCUGCAACGCAAAAUACAACAUUGUAUCAAACGAAUACAAAUUCACAAAUGCCUACCAAAAUUUUGAUAAAGACUUCUAAUUCAAAUGUAAUGAUGACUCCGAUGCGACAGCAGCAAACUGGAGGCAAUCCUCCACCUCUUAUAGCAUCAACAAGCAUUAACCAGCCACAAACAAUGUUAAACAUUCAGAAUGUACAGCUUCCAAACCGACCGGUUACAAUACAACCCGCAUCACAGGCAGCUCAGCAGCAACAUUUGCAGGCUCAACUUCAGCAACAACAACCACAGCAACAACAUACUAUUGUCUCGAACACAUCCGCAACACAACAACCUAAACUAACCCAAAUGGUUGUACAGCCAAAUGCUAAUGCUGGCGUUGGAACGAAUAUUAGUUCAAACAACAAAAAUAAAACGAUUAUACUACCGCAAAAAGGACUUAUAUUACGUAAUAUAGGUGGCGAUAUGUAUCAACAAAUACCAAUAAGUAAUGUUAGUGCACUUCAAAAUAUUGGGACCGGAACUACUUUGAUGACAAAUGCGGCAGGUCCGCCAAGCCUAGUGAAGACUUCGCAAUCAACUGGACAGCAACAUACAAUACAAUUGCAACAACAGACGCAGACCACUAAUAAACCCCAACUGCAAACAAUCAUUCCUCAAAAUACAAUUACGCCACAGCAUGUUAUUGUUCAACAACCUCAAACUAAUCUCAUUAAUCAAACACAGCAAACAAUUAUAAGACCUGUUGUAACAAAUGUACCAGGAGGUCUUACAGCAUUGCCACAAGGUCUAACAUUAAUACAACGGCCUGGACAUCAGCCUCAAUUGGUUCAAGUACAAACAGCUUCGACUGCGCAUCAACCUACGCAAAUACAACGCACUAUUAUAACACAACCAGCAACACAGCAACAGCAAAUACGGCCGCAACAGAUAGUGCUACAACAUAAACCAGCCCAACAACGUAUAAUUACCACAUCUGGCCAACCGCAGCAUAUACAAAUACAACAAAAUAAUCCAAGUAUACCACGAACUACACAAAUCGUACAAGUACAACAGCAACAGCAAAAUCAGCAACAAGCUCCACAGCGAAAAGGCUUGUCACUAUCUAACGAACAUGUACACAAGGCGCAUGAAAUGUUUCGUAAAGCGAAUCGUGUUUCCAGACCUGAUAAAGCGCUUAUACUUGGUUUUAUGGCUGGGUUACGAGAAAAUCCACGUCCAAAUCCAGAAAAUGUUUUGGUUAUUAAGUUGGGUGAAAGUGAGGAAAAAGUUCAGCAGGAAGAUGGUAGUACAGCAUUAUGCUUAGUAGAGUCCCAUAUACGUUUAGAUUAUAAUACUGGUGAAUGGAAAACAUUCCAAAAUUACCGACGACUCGAUCAAAGUGGAGUUUCUGACACUGGAAGUGUAAUGCAGGCACAAAAUUCAGUUGUAAUAUAAAAAGUAUGAAAUGCUAAUUGAUUUCACAAUUGAAUACGCUUGCAAAAUGCACUAAUCUGUGCUAAAGAUGCUAAAAAGAUUAGCGAAAAAAAUCGGAAUUUACUGUUGGCCAACCGGAUUCAAAGGAAAUUUAAUGAAUAUACUAGGAGAAUAUUUACUAAAUUAAAUUUGUAUAUUAUGUUCAUUUAUAUAACUAUAGCAUACUUUUUAUAAAUUUUAAAAAACAUAAACAUGAAGUUAAAAACAAUAUUUGAAAUCAAAUGGACUUAUGGAACCAUGUUCAACUUCUUAUUAUUAACAUUGGAGUAAUCCAUUUGAUUGAAACUCUUAAAAACGAUUGACAAAAACUUAAAGGAUAUUAUAUAUAGAAGUUGGUAGUAUCUACGAAGUUUGGCGGGUGGUAUCUAAGAUGCUAACAUGUUGCUUUAAAUUUUACCAACUUACAGCUUUUAUUGGACAAUGACAUGAAAAUGUAUACUAACGGUUAUGUCUAUUUUAAAUUAUUUUCAAUUUAUAUAAUCAUCCAAUAUUCGAUGUAAUUGUGACGCUAAAAGUUUUCUAAUAUUGCUUUUAGAUUUAUAAUUUAUGAAAAUCCUUUAAUUUAUACAAUCAGCUUUGCGUUUUAUAUACAUAUGUAAUGUUAAACCACACACAUGAAUUGGUAUUUUGAUUUUCCAUAUUGUACAGUAAAAGUAUCGCCUUACCGUAAAAGCCAGAUCCAGUUUUAAGAAAAUAGAGCUUGGUUAUGUGCAAUAUUUUUAUUUACGUCAAAUUAUAAUAAAAUUUUUAUGGAUAUUUUUAAAAUUUAAGUGUGCUGUAGUUGUAAAAUUAACUGUAUAAUAGAAUAUCUUAAUUAUUAGCUUGUAUUUAUCUAAAUUUUUUGCUUUUUGUUUUAUUCUAAACAAAAUAAUUUUA